AGCGCACUCCUAAUGAACAGAGAGACUAAAUCUAUCAAUGAUAAUUCUCGAUUGGGAACUAGUGAAGCUGAUGAGCGAAAAACGUAAAGUUAUACCCUCGCAUCUGGUGAAAACAUUUCUAUUGUAAAACGCAGAGGUGAGCUCGGGUCUCCCAUUCAAUGUAAUAGUGAUAACCGGUUAAUACACAUGGAUAUAUAUACAGUCGAUUUUUGUUUGAGCGUAUUUUCCUUCCGUUGUACUGACAUUAGUUAGGGUGUAUGGGUUAUUGGCGUGUAACGCUUUCAUUCUGUAGGACCAAUAAUUUGACAGUUUUGUAAAAAUACCAUAAUGAAAUUAAAUGCGAAUUUGACUUUAUUUUUUGAAAUUAUUUUGUAUUUAUUUAUGAUUAAUAACGCUGAUAGUGUGGAAUAUUCGUUGAGAGUAACUAACUAUGGGAAAGUUAAAGGAAUAGUUGAGUACGUACAUGGGCAAAAAGUUGUGGAAAAAUUCUUUGGUAUUCCUUAUGCGAGCCCUCCUUUGGGAAAACUUCGCCUGGAGGCUCCUGUUCCUCCACUCUCAUGGGGUGAUGCCAUAAAGAACGCCGAUGUUCUGCCUCCUGCGUGUCCCCAGGCGACGGAAGGCGUGGCUUACAUCGAGUAUCACGUGCCAGGCUUUAACAAGACGAGUGAGGAUUGCUUGUACCUGAAUAUAUAUGUUCCACGGGGUUCUCAUCAUCACCGAACAAUGCCGGUUCUAGUUUUCGUUCAUGGCGGCUCGUACCAGAAUGGCAUGGGUGCGAUGUUUGAUGGAAGCGUUCUCGCCACCCAUGGUAUUGUUGUGGUCACAUUCAAUUACAGACUGGGGCCUUUAGGUUUCAUGAAUUCAGCCGAUGGUGUCAUACGCGGGAAUUAUGGGAUGCUUGAUAUGGUGGCAGCCCUCCAGUGGAUACAGGGAAAUAUAGCCCACUUUAAUGGUGACCCAAAUAGUGUCACUAUAGAUGGUCAUAGUGCUGGGGGCUGUAGUGUUGGACUCCUUCUUAUGUCACCACUAGCUAAAGGUUUGUUUCAACGGGUGAUACAGCAGAGUGGUUCGCCGCUCGCACACUGGGCAGUGUCUAGGUUUGAAACAAAACCAAACUUUGUGUAUAAGAUAUUUUCAUCAUCGGUGCAGUGUUACAGUAACAUAUCAACAGAAGUGAAGAAAUGCAUUCAAAAUCUUGAUACACAAUCACUCCAAAAGGUUAUUACUGAAGAAUUUGAGUGGAGUACAUCCUUGACACCACAAUACCGCCCGGUUGUUGAUGGACACUUCUUGCCGUAUACUCCGGAACGCAUGGUAGACAGUGAACCACUAAACGCCGCCAACAUCCUUACCGGUGCCACACAGGACGAGGGUCUUAUUGCAGCAAUACCUUUAAUAAAAUUGUUCGGCGUUGGUAAAACCGGGUUUCGGAAGCUGCUGUCUUUAAUGAGCUGUUUUCGAGGGGAACUUCCGGAGAUACCAGAUAUUGUUGAUUCUGUGUUGGAAAAGUAUGUAAAGUUAGAGUCCUCGGAUAUUUCUGAAAAAGAAAUAGAAAGGAGCUUCUCAGAGAUUGUUGGUGAUUAUUUCAUCACAGCACCUACACAUCUGUUUGCCGACCGUCUCUCCCGUCGGAACGUUUCAGUGUAUCUAUAUAAUUACGAGUACAAGUCUCUGCUUGACCAGUGGGAUGGUGUGAUACACGGGGCUGAGCUAUUCUAUCUAUCAGGUUGUCCUUUUACAGGACACAAAAACUUCCGAUACGAUCAUGUUGACAAAGAAAUGGCAAACUUGCUACUGCGCAUAUGGUCGAAUUUUAUCAAACACGGAAUACCAUCACUUCAUCCAACUAAUGAAGUAGACCUACCUCGAUUCCAUUCACGCAGGAAAUCCUAUACAAAAAUAUUUUCAUCUCGUAGAGAACCAGCCGUGUCGUUUUUAACAAAUCUAAGACAAUCUAAAAUGUUCUUUUGGAACGAAGAAGUUCCAGAAAUGUUUUCUGACAAAGAUUCAAGAAAUUCUAUAAACAAUUUUACUCAGAAAAAUAAUUAUUCACAUAUCAAUGGUAAAAACACUUGGAUUUUAGCAUCCGUAUGUAUAGGACUUUCUGUUCUUACGCUCAUUCUUACAGUUCAGUACUUCAAAGUGCGGAAAGAGAUCACCAAACUGUUACGUCAAAACAGUAUCUCAAGUGGAGAACGGAUGCUGAACGGAACUCAGAUUUGAGAUUUAACGUCUAGGAAUUCUCGCCGUUUUCGUAACAGUUUCUAGACGUAGGUGAAAGUUUCAAGUGAGGCUGCAAUAUUAAAAAAACGAUCAGUGUCACCGGAAGUUGUCUAUUACCUAGACAAAAAUCGCAUUCACAGUUAAAAAACCGGACAAAAACCAUCAUUUUUCAAAAUUUUGGAUAUCGCGGAAACAUAUCCCGUCUGUUAAGAAUGAUUCAGAACGUCAUGUUGACGUACUGUUGUUUUAGAAAAAGAUGUAUGCUUUCAAACAUUCGAUCUCAACUGGUGAUCAACGUAGUACAUAAGGCUAUGUAAAUAUAUUUGAGAUUAUUUAUUGUUCAGAUACUAUACUGACGGUUUGAUACGCAUUGUAUGAUACCGACAGUUUUUGCCGUAAUAUAUAUGUGUAAAGUCAGUUCUACAUAUGACUCAAGACCAAUGUCAGGAAUCUUGUUUCAUCAUUCCAGUUCGUGCUGACGAUCCAGGAAAAGGUGUUACAUACGGGUGCAUUACACACAAUUCACACGGUUUAUAAACUUCAUCAACAUUCAUGAAAAUCAUUAAAUAAGUUAGCUUGAUGUACGAUUAUUUUGUGUGAAAUGUUUUGAAAAUCAUAACAUCAUUUUCAUUCAAAAGUUAUGUAUAUACAUUCAAUUGGUUGUGACUGUAAAACAUUCCUUUGUUACAUUUAUAAAGUGAUCAUUAAAUGAGCCGCGCCAUGAGAAAACCAACAUUGUGCAUUUGCGACCAGUAUGGAUCCAGACCAGCCUGCGCAUCCGCGCAGUCUGGUCAGGAUCCAUGCUAUUUGCUUUCAAAGCAUAUUGCAGUUAGAGAAACCGUUAGCGAACAGCAUGGAUCCUGACCAGACUGCGCGGAUGCGCAGGCUGAUCUGGAUCCAUGCUUGACGCAAAUGCAAUAUGUUGGUUUUCUCAUGGCGCGGCUAAAAUGUUUCUAAAAUAUUGCUUGCAAUGAGACACUUUCGUGCGUUGAAUCAUUAAAGGGAUUUGUACAUUGUCAUAAAUUAUGUGACAUUUUCAAGUUGUAAUGACAAUCGGAAAUGACAUAUUCUUCGUAUGUGAUUUAGGUAUUCUCUUGUUCUACAGAAAAGCCAAUUCGCGUUGAACUACAUUUACGCACGAAAAAGACCGAACAAGACCGAAUUGCUUAACACGAAUACGUAAACACACGGAAAUUGCCGAGCGUCAUUAAGUGUCAACUACUUUAAGAUGAACACAGUAAUAGUGUUCACUUUGCAUAAAUUUAGUUGUUGCUGACCUUUCUGAUGAUUCAGGAGCAUUCCAGGAUAUAUAGAUUUACAUGCCGUACGUUAUUGUCUUCGCAAAUCAUGUCAGAAUUAUCUUUUAGGGUAAUUAAAAUGUCGGUGAAGUGUGCGUACUUAAACCCCAAUCACACUACCAGGUAUUAAGGGCGUUUUCAAAAACAAAAUCAGAUACAACUAUAUUCUCUAGCUACGUUUGUUACACCGGCCUGUCGCAUGUCAAACCAGUAAUACCUAAUGGAAUCUUAUUAAUUAACUAGGUUACAGUUUAAAUCCCACUAAUCCAACGAAAUCUGGCAGUCGGAAGUGGCGGGAAACGUAGUAUUGCCUAACCCUAAACACCUGUCAGUAUGAUUUGGGCUUUAUUUACUAGGUGUUUUAACGCAAUUUACAAUACGACGACAUUAGACACAAAUAAACCCUUAGCCUGCUAAAUUUCUAAAAUGGACUGAUCCAUCAUUAAAUUUGGGCAAUACCAUUUAUUAUUAGAAGGGGUGUUCACUGAAAAUUUACGGACUGGAGAGCGAACAGUGCAGACCAACAUCUUGAUCUUGGUCUGCACUGAUCGCAAAAGCAGAAUCACUUUCCAUCAGCAGGCUAAAGGUUAAAAGUUCGCAUUAGUAACGGUAACUUAAAAAUU